UAUCUCAUGUGGACUACACAGCAGCCAUCAAAACACAACACAGUUUAAAAGAAAAGAGAGGGUGUACUUGUAAGCCCGUAGACCUUAAACGCAGACACUGGUUCAUAAUGCACGGAGAUUGACACAGAAACAAACAAGUGCCUGCCACCAAUAUCUCUCUCCCUUCAACCACAGACCCACCAUCCAAACUAGACAAAGAUUCUCUCUGUUCUCCAUGGUUCCUCGGAUUGAUAUCUUCUGAUGCUUGUUUAUACAAACUCUGGCCUGAAGUGUGGGAUAUUUGGAGUCUCUCACUUACAUAGGAGAGAUUGUCAGUUUUCCAGUAAAAGAACAUGGAGCUUAACUUGUUUGCCAGCUUGCCUAGAUGCACGUAAUCUCACUAGACAUUGUGUUAGACAUACAAAGAUGUCAUCACAAGUCGUGGAAAAAUUGGAAAGCAAUGGGGUUGUGAAGGAGCACUUGCAAGAUUUUUCUGUUCCAUCUUCAUAUGAAACUGCCAUGGAAGCUCUUUCAUCUCUCAUUACAAGUCAGAAACGAGGAGCCAAAUCAUCUGUAGGUGGUGCAUAUAGAAAAUUGGAACGAAUGUCUGAGUAUCUUAAGAUUCUUGGCUUGGAAGAACAGAUUGAUGGGCUCAAAAUAAUUCAUGUGGCAGGAACUAAGGGGAAGGGUUCUACAUGUACAUUCAGUGAGGCUAUUUUAAGGGAGUGCGGUUUUCGAACUGGACUCUUCACUUCUCCUCACCUAAUUGAUGUGAGGGAACGAUUUCGAAUAGAUGGGUUGGAGAUAUCUGAAGAUAAAUUUUUACUGUAUUUUUGGGAUUGUUGGAACCGCUUAAAGUUUGAAUUGCAGGAAAAGGUUACGGAGCAUCUGCCAAUGGCUCCAUUAUUUCAGUUUCUCACUCUAUUGGCUUUCAAGAUAUUUAUAAGUGAAAAGGUUGAUGUUGCUAUUAUUGAAGUUGGUCUUGGGGGAACAAAUGACUCAACAAAUGUGAUUGAAAAGCCUGUUGCCUGUGGCAUUACUUCUCUGGGGUUGGAUCAUACAGAAAUAUUGGGAGAUACACUUGGAAAGAUAGCUUCACACAAGGCUGGAAUUUUCAAGCCUCAAAUUCCUUCAUUCACCGUACCCCAACUUUCUGAAGCAAUGGAUGUUCUUCUGGAGAGGGCCCAUGAAGUGAAGGUUCCAUUGAAAGUAGCUGCUCCUCUUGAUAACAAAAAGUUUGAUGGAUUGAAGCUUGGCUUGUCUGGUGAUCAUCAGUUCAUUAAUGCUGGUCUUGCUGUUUCCCUUUGCAAAUGUUGGCUCCAAAGAACAGGAAAUUGGGAAAAGCUAUUCCAAAAUGAUAUCCAGGAGGCUGAUUUGCCGGAGUCUUUUGUUAGAGGUCUUUCAACUGCACAUAUUCCUGGGAGGGCUCAGAUUGUCCAUGAUACCUAUCCCGAAUCCAAUAAUUCAUUAGAAGUGUUUGAAAAUUCUUGUGGAGAUCUGACCUUCUACUUGGAUGGAGCUCACAGUCCUGAGAGCAUGGAGGCUUGUGCCAAGUGGUUCUCUAGUGCUGUGAAAGGAAACCAGAUAUCAUCUUCUUCUUCAUUUAAGCUAAAAAAUCUAGAGGGAGUUUGGGGAAAUGGUCACAUCCGACAUGGAAGUGGGAGCAUGGAGGAGUCUAACAAACUAAUAAAGCAGAUUCUUUUGUUCAAUUGCAUGGACGUGAGACACCCACAUAUUUUGCUUCCACGGCUUGUGAGUACAUGUGCUUCCACAGGAACUCAUUUCGCAAAAGCCUUUUUUGUCCCAAGUAUGUCAACUUAUAGCAAGGUUACUUCUGGAGCAACCAUUCCUUCAGAUAUCUGUGGCAGGGAUUUGUCUUGGCAAUUUAACCUUCAGAUGCUUUGGGAGAAGGUUAUCCACGGGAAAGAAGUAGAUACUUUACGUGACAAGGGUGCCAAGAUGGACAAUGCUAAGAUUUUACCUCAUGAAUUUCUUUAUGAGGAUGCUUCUCGUUGCAGUCCUGCAGAUAAUUACUUUGCUUGCAGUGCAGUAAUGCCUUCAUUGCCAUUGACAAUAAAGUGGCUGCGGGAUUGUGUGAAACAAAACCCAUCCUUAAAAGUUCAGGUUCUUGUCACCGGAUCAUUGCAUCUGGUUGGAGAUGUACUAAAACUAUUGAAAAGGUGAUAUAAAUUAAAGACAGUGCCAAGUCCUUAUCAAAAAAAUUAAAGACGGAGCCAAGUGCCAACAACACAGAUAAUCCAAAAUAUUCUUUUGCUCAAUUGCCUAACAUUAGAUUUUCAUACCACAUUGUUGAAGCUGCGGAGGUUCUUAAUGCUUCUUUUGUAUGUAACAUUAUGAUUAUUGCUUGUUAUAAGGUACUUGAUGUAUGUACCAUUAAGAAAAAAUAAAUUGAUAAACCUGAAAAGUUUAAUUUCUUUUAUGAAAUAGACUUUGAUUUGGGUUU